AUGAAUUCAAUAGCUUUUUGGAAUUGUAGAGGGGCCAACAAAAACGAAGCCUCUCUAUAUCUCAAGGAGGUGAUUAAAGAUCAUGGUAUUUUGUUUGUGGGGUUAGUGGAAACUAAGCUCAAUGCUUUUGACAAAGUUUCCUUUCAUAAGAUUAUGGGAGCUGAUUGGGAUUUCUACCUUUUCCCAUCUGAUGGCUUAUCUGGAGGUAUUAUGGUGCUUUGGAGGUCAGACUUAGCUUCUUUCUCAGUUUUAAAGGAAACUGAUCAAUGUAUUAUAGGUGAACUCAAUGUCUUCAAUAAAGGGGUGUCGAUGAUUGCUAUUAUCUAUGGGAAUAAGGAAGUUGUAAAGAGGAGAGAGUUAUUGGGAAGUUUACAAGAGGUUUCCAAUAGGAAGGUUCCUUUCAUUGUUGGGCGAGACUUUAAUUGGAUCUUGUCUCAAGAAUAUAAGAGGAGUGGAAGAAAAUUUGUUUUUGCUCAAGGUUCCAAAGAGAUGGUUGAUUUCUUAAAUGUUAAUGACUUACAUGAUGUGGGAUUUGUGGGUCCAAGAUUCACUUGGUGUAACAACAAAUUAGGAGGAGAUCGUAUACUUGAGAGACUAGACAGGUGUUUGCUUAACUCUAUAUCCAUCAAUGCUUCGUCUUUUAUUAUUGGUAAAGUAUGGAGGAAGGUUUUCCAAGGAAGUGAUAUGGAAAUUUUCAACAAGAAGUGUAAGAAAGAAUUGAAGGAAUUGUUUUUUUGGAGCAAGGCAAGAAUUAAAGACUUUUCUUUGGAAAAGAAGAAUCUGAAAGAAGAAAUCUCUCAGAUUCAAGAAGAAGAGGCUUCGCUGGGAUGGCUUACUGAUGAAAAUCUUUGGAUGUUGAGAUCAAAAGUUAAAGAACUGAAUUCGGUUCUUGCACGGUUGAAUACAUGGUGGAGACAAAGAGCUAAGGCUAAGUGGAUAGAAGAAGGAGACACUAAUUAUAAAUCUUUUCAUUCUUUUGUAAAUACUAGAAGAAAUGGAAAAAGGAUUUCUCAAAUUAAAAAUGAUGAUGGGGUUCUCACCGAAGAUCCUGAAGAGCUGCAUAAGGUGUUUUUCAAGUAUUUUCAAAACAAGUGGAAGCAAAGGAGUUGCUGUACUGAAAAUUGGCCUAACCCGUUAUCUAUUCUGGAUGAUAAUGAUAGAAGAAGCUUGGAGAUUCAAAUCUCAGAUGUGGAAAUUCUGGAAGUUAUCAAACGACUUGGCAACAACAAAGCAUCGGGACCUGAUGGUAUAACGUAUUCUUUUCUUAAAAUUUACUGGAACAUUAUUGGUAUUGAUGUGUUGUUGAACAGACUUUUGAUGGUAAUCCCAAAAGUUAUUUCAGAAGAGCAGGAGGGGAAGGACUUAGGCAUCAAAGUUGCUUCUAGAUGUCAGAAGAUCUCUCAUUUGCUUUAUGCAGAUAAUGUCCUCUUACUGUCUGAUGCUAAGAUUAAAAGCAUCAAGAAGAUGAAGGCUAUUUUGAAUAAUUACUGUGGAUGGACUGGUCAAAGACAGAAUCUUAAAAAAUCUGCCAUGAUUAUUAGCAAAACUGUUGAGAGAAGAAGAAAGAAGAAAAUUAAAAAAAUUCUAGAGAUCAAGGUGGUGGAAGAAUUAGAUUAUUUGGGAACUAAACUGGCUUUAAGAAGACUGAAAAAGGAUUGUAUAAAUGAGCUACAAGCUUCUUAUGAGAAGAAUCUGAUGAUGGUAAAGCUCUAUUUUACCUUGUUAUGGAUUUCCUGGAAUAAUAGAAAUAAUACCAAACAUACUAAGAAGGAAGACAGUGUGUCUGUUAUGGUUGCUAAUGUGAUUAGCCUUGUUGCAUUGGAUAAACGUCAAAAGGGACUCUCGAAAAAUUGGGAUGUUAAACAAUCCACUGGAUUGUCUAUAGAUUUCUGGCAUCCUCCACCACCCGAGUGGUACAAGAUCAACAUUGAUGCUGCAUUAAGAAGUAACUAUGGAGCGGGCAUUGGAGGUAUUAUUAGAGACCACAAAGGAAGAUUUGUUCGUGCAUUUGGUUUCUAUGGGAUGCAUUGGGAUAUAGCACAAUUGGAACUUUAUUCUUUUAACUCUUUAAAAGAUAUAUUGCAUAAUUCUAUUGAUAAUGCCAAAGGUGUUAAAAUAGAAGGGGACAAUAAGAAUGUCAUUCAAUUUCUUCUCAACUUGUACAGCAAAGAGAAGAAGAAACUUGGAUGCAUCAGAGAUGAAAACUUCUUUGGUUUGAG